AUGGAGACCGUGAAUGCAACCUCAAAGGGGCAUUCCCCGGAAAAGACUCGUUAUGAUGAGGAUGUCAUCCAGCCAGAUGAGGGCUUUGAUGAGCUCCACAAUCAGGCCAAAGGCGAACUCCAGCUAAACGUUGGUGGUCGAGGUGCCACCCAGCGGCGCCUGAAGAACUAUCAAGUUACCAUGAUUGGGUUCUGCAGUGGUAUCGGUGUUGGCUUAUUUGUCGGAAUUGGAGCCGCUUAUUCCAAGGCAGGCCCAGCAGGACUGUUCCUGGCAUAUAUCAUUGUUGGGACGGUGAUGUGGUGCAUGAUGCAAAGUAUAUGCGAAUUGGCAACACUUCUCCCAACUGCUGGCUCCUUUCCCCACUGGGCAACUCGGUUUAUUGAUCCAGCGGUUGGGUUUUCACUGGCGAUCUCAUACACAUACGCCUAUUGUAUCGCCAUAGCUUCCGAAGUCUCAGCUGCUGCGAUAAUUGUGGGCUAUUGGACUGAUAUCUCACCAGCCCUGGUGAUCAGUAUUGGUUUGGCAUUGAUCCUGGCUUUCAAUCUGAUGAGUGUACGUUUCUUCGGAGACAUCGAAGUUAUCGGUGGAGCAAUCAAGGUCCUCUGCUUUGUGGGCCUAAUUCUGGUCUCUCUUGUUAUCACAUGUGGAGGUGGACCGAAGCAUCAAACAAUUGGCUUUCGCUACUGGCACGAUCCCGGUCCAUGGACAAAUUUUCACGGUAUCGAGGGCCCAACAGGGCACUUUUUAGGCUUCUUGUCAGCCUUUGUGAAUGCAUCUUUCAGUUUUAUUGGAGUCGAGAUUGUGGUCAUUACGGCUGCUGAAGCUGGUGACCCACAUUUUGCUAUUCCUCGAGCUGCACGGCAGGUUGCCUACCGCAUUGGCUUUUUCUACAUUAUUGGCUCCUUACUUAUCGGAAUGAUUGUGGAUCCAAGAAACAAAGCGCUUGUUUCAGGAACAGGAAACGCAAACAGCUCGCCAUGGGUUAUUGCUAUCAAAGAAGCUGGCAUUAAGGUACUGCCUUCAAUCGUCAACGCUUGCAUUCUUGUUUCCGCAUGGUCUGCAGGAAAUGCAUAUUGUUGGACUAGCUCAAGAAUGUUGGUGGCUAUGACAACUGAUCGCUCCAUGCCGCAAAUCUUUGGUAGAGUCAAUUCAAAGGGUGUGCCAUAUUUUGCCGUCUGCGUGGUCUGGUUGUUUGGGCCACUAGCUUAUCUAAGUCUUGGUAAGGGUGGUCCAUCACAAGCCUGGACCUGGUUACAAGCUCUCAGCACCGUCGCUGGAUUAUUAUCCUGGGGAACCCUCUGUCUGUGCUACAUCCGAUAUCAUGCCGCAAUGAAAGCUCAAGGAGUGAGCCGAGAUACCAUUCCCUGGAAAGGCCCGUUCCAGCCCUACACUGCCUGGGUCGGGUUCAUUGGCUGCAUAUUCAUUAUUCUAAUUGUUGGUUUCCCUGUCUUCCUGAAGAGCAAUUGGAAUACAUCAAGCUUUAUCUCUGCCUACAUUGGAAUACCGAUCUUCUUCGUUCCUAUCAUCGGUUGGAAGAUUAUCCACCGUAUCAAGGUCAGUAACCCUUCUGAUUUCUGA